CUAUGAAGCUGCCGUAGGCUGAUGCAAAGUUGCACGUUAGCAGCCCGGGGACGUCGCCGGUGUUCGUUUCUGAAGGCUGAUUUAGAUUUUUUAAUACAAAUUUGCCACCUUUUGCUUUCAGCGAGGUGUUUUUAGACGUGGGCCGACAUGGCGACGGAGAUAACUAAAGGUGUGGACCAAGUCUCGGUCGCUGAGAUGUACGUCUCUGAUAAACACGGCAGCGACCAGGAUGGAGACGGGUCGGAGCAGAAACCCUUCAAAACUCCCCUGAAGGCGCUGCUGUUUGCUGGGAAGGAGCCAUUCCCGACCAUCUACGUGGAAUCCCAGAAGGAGGGAGAGCGCUGGGCAGUGAUCUCAAAAACACAGAUGAAGAACGCUAAGAAAGCCUUCAACCGUGAGCAGAUGAAGAACGACGCCAAAGACAAGAAAGAGGCUGAGGACAACGAGAGGAGGGAGAAGAACCUGGAAGAGGCCAAGAAGAUCGAGAUAGUGAAUGACCCGAACCUUCCUGAGCCUGAGACGGUGAAAAUUCACAUGCUGGAGGCCAAGCGAGGUGAGAGGGUGAAGGUGUUUGGAUGGGUCCACCGCCUCCGGAGGCAGGGGAAGAACCUGAUGUUCAUUGUGCUGAGGGAUGGAACUGGUUUCCUCCAGUCUGUUCUGUCUGAUAAACUGUGUCAGUGCUACAACGGGCUGCUGUUGGCCACAGAGAGUACUGUAGCUCUGUACGGGACCAUCACUGUGGUUCCUGAGGGGAAACAGGCCCCCGGUGGCCACGAGUUGCACUGCGAUUUCUGGGAGCUGGUGGGCUUAGCUCCAGCAGGCGGCGCCGACAACCUGCUGAACGAAGAGUCGGACGUCGACGUCCAGCUGAACAACCGGCACAUGCUGAUCCGAGGAGAGAACGUCUCCAAGAUCCUGCGUGUGAGAUCAACGGUGACCCAGUGCUUCAGGGACCACUUCUUUAACCGCGGAUAUUACGAGAUUACUCCUCCCACGCUGGUGCAGACCCAGGUGGAGGGCGGCUCCACGCUGUUCAGCCUCGACUACUUUGGUGAGCAGGCGUACCUGACACAAUCCUCCCAGCUCUACCUGGAGACCUGCUUACCUGCCCUGGGCGACACCUUCUGCAUCGCCCAGUCGUACCGCGCCGAGCAGUCCCGAACCCGCAGACAUCUGUCCGAGUACACUCACAUCGAAGCCGAGUGUCCCUUCAUCUCCUUUGAGGACCUGCUGACCCGACUAGAGGAUCUGGUCUGUGACGUGGUGGACCGGGUUCUCAAAUCUCCCGCUGCUCAGCUGCUCUACGACAUCAACCCGGACUUCAAACCUCCAAAGAGACCCUUCAAGAGGAUGAACUACACGGAGGCCAUCGAGUGGCUCAGAGAGCACGACGUGAAGAAGGACGACGGGACCUACUACGAGUUUGGAGAGGACAUCCCUGAAGCUCCGGAGAGGCUGAUGACCGACUCCAUCAACGAGACCAUCCUGCUCUGCCGCUUCCCGGCCGAGAUCAAAUCCUUCUACAUGCAGCGCUGCCCAGAGGACCGGCGCCUCACCGAGUCGGUGGACGUGUUGAUGCCGAACGUCGGGGAGAUCGUCGGCGGCUCGAUGCGUAUCUGGGACUCUGACGAGCUUCUGGAGGGAUACAAGAGGGAGGGGAUCGACCCGACUCCCUACUACUGGUACACGGACCAGAGGAAGUACGGCUCGUGUCCCCACGGCGGCUACGGUCUGGGCCUGGAGCGCUUCCUCACCUGGCUGCUGAACCGACACCACGUCCGGGACGUCUGCCUGUACCCGCGCUUCAUCCAGCGCUGCCGGCCCUGAACGCACCGCAGCCCACACCUCUGGAUCACAGCAGCGCCCCCUGCAGCCCAUACGAGUCGCUGCAUGCUACAUUCUUAGUUUUCAUGUCUUACCGCGUCAAAGUGAAAGUCAGAGACGUUGCAGAGAAGUCGGUUUCCUGAAACAUUCAGGCGGAUCAUGUUUGACGUUCAGCAGAUAAAUAUUUACUCUGGAUUAUUCACAAAGUUCCCAGAUUCAGCCUCACGCUCCAAGGAUUAAAACAAUGUCCCCGUUCAGGUUUAAAGGGUAAUUAUGGUUCAACGUAGGAUUUAAUCACCAAAAUAUAUAAUUAUUAUGUUCAGUAGAAGCUACAGAAAUCAAUGUUCCUUCUUUCUGAUUAUUACUGUUUCUGUUGUUGUUCUGCGUAAAGUUUCUUCCCGUUUAAAUAACUCAACGGUUUUCUGAUUCUUGGAGCAUCAAGAAACCAGAACUAAAGGAAAGUUUGUUUGUUCUGCUUGUUCAUCUGAAAUCCUCCUGCUGAAACUGCACUGAAAUAAAAUGUGAUUCAACCAGGA